CAGCUCAUCACAUCCAUCUCAUUCUACUACUGCCUCAGAGACCAAGCUGCUGCAACCGGAGAAGGAGAUCUAUUCUACAAAGUGAAGUACUUAGCUUGGGACAUGGAAACCGUCGUGGGAGACCUCAUGGCGACCGAGCUGAGGCUUGGCCUGCCGGGCACCGUGGACGACUGCAGCCAGCACCAGCAGCAGACCCAGCUGAAGGUGGCCGCGCCGCCGUCCAACCCUACUAGGGGCAAGAAGCGCCCCGCCGCCGAGGAGGAGGAGGCAAACAAGCGCGACGCGGAGGCAGCACCCCCGGCGGCCAAGGCGCCCGUGGUCGGAUGGCCACCGGUGAGGUCGUACCGGAAGAGCUGCUUCCAGCAGGCAAAGCAGCAGGCCGUCAGCAGCAGCAGCAAGGCGGCCGACAAAGAGGAUGCUGCGGCGCCGGCGCCCAGCUGCACGGCGUCCGCAGCCGCCUCAAACGCCACCGCCAGCGCCGGGGCCGGCUCAUUCGUCAAGGUGAGCAUGGACGGCGCCCCGUACCUGCGGAAGCUCGACCUGAGGAUGUACAAGGGGUACCGGGAGCUCCGGGAGGCCCUGGAGGCCAUGUUCGUCUCCUCCGGCAGCGCCAACAACAACAACAACCUGUCGGAGUUCGCCGUCACCUACCAGGACAAGGACGGCGACCUCAUGCUCGUCGGAGACGUGCCGUUCGAGAUGUUCGCUAGCACCUGCAGGAAGCUGAGGAUCAUGAAGAGAUCUGAAGCCACAGGCCUGGGAUCGGCGAGACAAUGAAGAAGGUCUGACGACGACCGAGGGCCCGACAACGUUCAUGUCGAUCUCUUCUUUUUUUUUCUUUUUGCCCCAUUAUUUUAUUUUGUUCUUCUUGUCCGAGAGACCCCAAGCCAAAAGGAUGAGCUUGGUGGGUGGCGCAUCAAUCUACAAAGCGCAUGCAUAUACGCGGAUGUGUGUGCGGCUUUGGUUCUGUAAGACGACGACUAGUAGCUAGGUCUUUUUUAGCAGCAGCACAGAAGCUAAGGAGAUGCAUGCUGAUGACGAGCGGUUGUUUCGGCUUAGCUCUCCGUAUGCUGUGUUUGUACAAACCAAACAAUACAGUUAUCUUCACCGU